CCAACCGUACACUAUUCGUUGGUCAAGGGGCAUCUUUGGAAAAGUUCUCUGACAUUCUUCCAACACAUUUUAUUUUAUUUCCAUAUUUUAUUCCGAAAAAGUUCUUCCAGCGAAAUUUCAAUUCCAGAAAAAGGAGCUGAGUUUGUUACGGAGUACCCGGUAUUAUACUCCAUGUACAGACCAAAUUACCCCUCGAUUUUAUCCGGAAUUCCUAAACCAGUCCCCUUCCUCUUAACCACCUGACAUGAAUCUUCCGACGAUUUAGCAAAGCAGUCAACUAUCCAUUGAAAAAGAGCUACCGCGAGCAGGAAUGGAUUUGGAGGAAGGAGUGGGCGAGAGCUCGUCGCCGCCGAGGACUCUGGACAGCGUCGCCGGCGGCGGCGGCGAAGGCGGAGGAGCGCACGACGUUCGGCACCACGUGUACAAUAAGCUGCUGGAGAGGGGCAAUGAGGAGGUGGUUGGAAAUCCGGAGCUGCUCCGCGAGAUGCUGGAGACUCAUUUCAACAGCCUGCCUUCUAGUUAUGGACUGGAUAUAAAUAUGGAUAAAGUGGAAGAUGUGCUCUUGCAUCGUGAUCUCCUUGCAAAGGCAAAGGACCCUGAUAAGAGGCCUGUUUACCAUGUUAGGUUACUAGAGCUGAAUAGUGGGGCUACUCGAGUUGAUGAUACUGCUGACCAACAAAUUUCAAAUAUCGCGUCCACGUCAAACCUGCUUUGCGACAUUGAUAACGAAGGGAUUGUUGCUCCUCCCCGAAGCAGGCCACAAAUUUCAUUUAUCCCAAGCUACGAAAUAAUUUUUUCAACCUUAGACAAGCCGAAACUUCUUAGUCAGCUUUCUGCCUUGCUCUCUGACAUAGGACUUAACAUCCGCGAGGCUCAUGUGUUCUCCACCACUGAUGGCUACUCUUUAUCUGUAUUUGUGGUGGAUGGAUGGCAUGUUGAGAAACCAAAUGGAUUGCUUGAAGCAUUGGAGAAGGCAGUUGAUAAAAGGAAGGUGAUGUUGUCUAAGAAUUCAUGUGAUCAAUCAUGUAUGGAGAAAGCUAUUUGUCUUGAAGAAGAAUCUAGAGAUUGGGAAAUUGACAGAAGUUUAGUGAAGAUAGGGGAAAAGAUAGCAUCUGGAUCUGGUGUUGAUUUGUAUCGUGGCAUAUAUCAUGGUCUUGAUGUUGCAGUGAAGGUUUUUAGAUCUGAUGACUUAGAUCAGAAGUUGAAGGAUGAGUUUGCCCAAGAAGUUUAUAUUUUAAGACAUGUACAACAUAAAAACGUUGUCCGUUUCAUUGGUGCCUGCUCCAAGUUGCCUCACUUGUGGAUUGUCACAGAGUAUAUGUCGGUUGGAAGCUUGUUUGACUACUUGCGCAAGGGACUUACUGUUUUGAAGCUCCCACAACUAUUGAGGUUUGCAAUUGAUAUCUCGGAAGGAAUGGAGUACCUGCAUCAGAAUAACAUAAUCCAUAGAGAUUUGAAGACAGCGAAUUUGCUUAUAGAUGCACAAAAUGUUGUGAAAGUGGCAGAUUUUGGUAUUGCCCGGUUUCUAAACAAGGGGGGUGUUAUGACGGCUGAGACUGGAACAUAUCGAUGGAUGGCACCCGAGAUUAUGAAUCACCAGCCAUAUGAUCAGAGAGCGGAUGUAUUCAGCUUUGGAAUUGUUCUUUGGGAGCUUCUAACGUCCAAGGUACCAUAUGACAACAUGACUCCGAUACAAGCUGCUGUGGGUGUGAAUCAGGGUCUUCGGCCACAACUCCCGGAGGACACACACCCAAAGCUGCUGGAUGUGAUGCAGAGAUGCUGGCAAGCAGCUCCCGACAACCGUCCCUCGUUCUCUGAGAUAAAAGCAGAGCUUGAGGAACUCUUACACGAAGUGGAACAAACAGAGGAUGGCGCGGAAGUACCAAAGGAAAGCUAAAUGCGCCCAACCAAAGAGGGUUCUACUGACAUUGUGCAGUUUGACAGUGCGUUAACACAUGAGAGGUUUUGUAUAUUUCGAAUGGAUUGACAAUCUGUCUUCAUUUCUUAUUUUUGUUUCCUCUUCCUAAACUUGCAAAAAAACGCCACGGUGGAUAAUGUAAAUUCUAACGUCACGAGCUAGAGAAGAGUUAAUGAAGGCACCCCCAAAUG